AUUGUGAACUUUUUUAUUUUGAAUAGUCAUAGUCAAUUAUCUCAUAUCUAGAUAUAAUGGCACACGCUAACGUACUAUACACUACUGAUUAUGGUGUUGGUAGACCACCGCCUACCAUUAUCCAGGUACCACCCAAAAAGUACAGAAAAUAUCUCUUCUUCAGCAUGUUCUCUCUUGGUAUUUCAAUUGUCAACUUGGGCGUAAUGGGCUACCUCAUCCACAGGUUCUUACAAGUGAAGAAUGAUAAAAGACAAAUUACGUACGCCCUUAAAGAAGACGAAGAACGAAAUAAACCUUCAUACUAUGCAGGCUGUAUUGCUCUACUUGCAGUCUUCACUUCUAUUAGCCUGAUUAUGUCAAUCACUUUUCUUGUCAAGCACAGGAGAGUUUCCCGUUGAUAUUCCAUUCUGUGCCAAUAAAUAUUCGUCGUUUGAUAGAACCUUAUUAGAACCGUUAGUAUGGUAUUUGUUAGCCUU